AUGGCGAAAAUUGACAAUGAGGUUCCUGAGAAGCUAAGUCACAAUCAUCCUCUAUUUCUUAAUUCAAAUGAUAAUUCUGGAGCAAUUCUGAUCUCACUACAACUUCGAGGUCCGGAGAAUUACUCGGUGUGGAGUCGAGCAAUGAGAAUUGCCAUCCUAGGGCGAAAUAAGCUAGGAUUUAUAGACGGCACUUCUCCAGUCUCUGGGUGUGACUGUGAGAAAUCGCGUGAAUUUGUUGUGUUCAUGGAAAGGUUGAAGCUUCUGCAGUUCCUUAUGGGACUAAAUGAGUUUUAUGAGCAAGCUAGAAAGAAUCCUGAUAAUAAUGCUCUUAGGUCUACUAGAGGUGGAUUCCAUCAGAAAUCUAAGAAAAACUUUAAUCACAUCUGUGAUUACUGCAACUACAAAGGGCAUACUAAAGAGAACUGCCUUAAAUUGAAUGGUUACCCUGCUGAUUUCAAGCACAAAAAGAAGGGAAGUUCAUUUCCUACAGCUAAUUUUGCAGGAAAUAAUAGUGGUUCUGGAACUAACUUUGCAGGAAAUAAUAGUUCUGGAUCUCUGAUGCAUACUAUUGGCAGUCAGGAUCUAUUUUCAAUAGCUAAUUUUGCAGGUAACAACAGUGGAGGAAACCAGGGUGAAAGUAGCCAAACUCAGCUGGCAGCACCACCUCUUUCAGCACCAUACUUUACUCCAGAACAGUAUCAACUAAUUUUGGAGAUGCUUGGUAAAGUGAAUGAAGAAACAACAGGCUCUGCUCAACCAGUAACAGCAGGGACAUCUAGUAUAUUCAGAGAUCAGGAUUUACAAAAUGUGCUGCACAUUCCUGACUUCAAGUUUAGCCUUUUGUCUAUGUCAAAGUUGACAAAGGAACUGAAGUGUUGUGUGGCAUUUUUUCCUAUUUUUGCCUCUUCAGUGGGCAGGUACACUUGGAUAUUCUUGGUGAAUAAUAAAACUGAAAUAUUUGUUGUUGUGAAGCAGUUUCUAGCUUUAGUAAAGAUUAUGUUCAAUACUAAUGUUCAGAUAUUGAGAACAGACAAUGGCUGUGAAUUUUUUAACUCUCUGUUUGAUGAGUUGAUAAAGGAAAAUGGUAUUGUACACCAGAGCUCCUGUGUCUAUAUACCUCAGCAGAAUGGUGUAGUAGAGAGAAAGCAUAGAUCAAUUUUAAAUGUAGCCAGGUCCUUAAGGUUUCAAGGAGAUAAGCCUUUGAAGUUUUGGAGAGAAUGUGUUGCUACAGAUGUCUAUCUACUCAAUAGGCUGCGCUCAGCUAUCUUACAGCAUAAAUCCUUUUUUGAAAUGUUGCAUUCACAUCCUCCUAACCUUGGCCAUUUAAGAACCUUCGGUUGUCUAGCCUAUGCUUCAAAUCCUAAUAUUACUGAUAAAAUGUCACCCAGAGCUACUUCUGUUGCUUUAGUGGGAUACUCUUCCACUCAAAAGGGUUACAAACUCUAUGACCUACAUGCUAAAUCAUUCUUUGUCAGUAGAAAUGUAGUCUUCAGAGAAGACUUGUUUCCUUUCAAACACUUCACACCUUCUACUCUACCAAUGUGUCCAGUGCUAGAGCUUGCACUUGAUACACCAAGAACCCUGCCAAAUACAACACCUAGUAACAUAACAAUUUCUCCACCCACUUCAGAAGACUCAGUCACAGAGAGUCCUUCAUCUUCAAUCCCUUCCACAGUUGUGGAUCACUUUACAUGCCCAGCUCCACCUAAUAACACAAUAACUGAAUGCACCUAUCAUCAGUUCACUACCUAUCAUAGAGAAACAACAGCCUGA